AGGGGCUCGGGGUUCUUGGAUGUAGCACAGAAACAACCCUCACACGCGCUCAUUCGUUCCCUCAGUCAGCCGACCAGCCUGUCACGCAGUCAGACAGACAAAGAGGAGCAGCAUCCUGCAGGAGGACAGCGCGCUCCCGGGGGAUGGGGCAUCAUACCCCUGCAUCACGUUGGGGGUGUCGGAGGAGGCACAGGAGAGCCAUUCAGAGGAGCCGGGGGUCAAAGGUGAGAAGAGCAGAGGGCACCAUGGAGAGUGAACCUGGGGCCCCUGCCUCCACCACUGGCAGCACUGGGACAGUUUCCACAACCAGCAGCUCCUCCAUCUCCACUCCCGCCACAACCAGCAGCUCCUCCAGUGCCGUAGCUGUUAGCACUAGUGCUUCUACCUCUACUAUCACUGCUUCUACCACCUCAGGCAGCAGCAACAGUGUUAGCAGUAGUAGUAACAAUAGUGGUAGUAUUACAAGCAGUAGUUCCAGUAACAGCACUUCAGCAGGAAGACAGGCGGUGCGACAGAUAUCAAUUUAUAGUGAGAUGCCCGACCGACAAACGGUUCAGGUUUUUCAGCAGGCGCUACACAGACAGCCAAACACAGCAGCACAGUACCUGCAGCAGAUGUAUGCUGCCCAGCAGCAGCAUUUGAUGUUGCAAACAGCAGCCCUGCAGCAGCACAGCCUCAGCACCGCCCAGCUGCAGAGCUUAGCAGCUGUUCAGCAGGCCAGUAUUGCAGCUGGCAGGCAAAGCUCCUCACAGAAUGGCACUUCAUCUCAGCAAACAGGGUCUACUCAAGCUACAAUCAACCUGACCACAUCCCCGGCGGCGGCUCAGUUGAUCAGUCGGGCCCAGAGCAUAAGCUCCACCCCCACCAGUAUUUCCCAGCAAGCUGUUCUGCUCGGCAGCCAAUCCACUCUCACGCCCAGCCAGGCCCAGAUGUACCUGCGGCAGCAGAUGGCUCAGCAGAGUAACCUGGUGCAGGUGGCCAGGAGUCUGAGUCGGGCCGUUCCCCUGUCCCCACAGCUCAUCUUCACCCCAGCUGCUACCGUAACGGCUGUUCAGUCUGAGAGCGCCACACAAGCCUCCUCACAGAACCAGGUUCAGAACUUGGCUAUUCGUGGCCAGCAGGGGGCGACCACGUCCUCCUCUCAGACUCAGACCCUUCCGCUGAGCUUGAAGCAGAGUCCGGUACCCAUCCAGCCUGCUUCACUCAUCAAGAAUCCCAGCCAAGGGACCCAGACCUCCUCGGGUGUGAAGUCCAGUUCGUCUGACAGCCCACCAGAUGGAGCAAAGAAAGGAGAUGGUCAAGCGGAAGUUCGAGCUAUAAAUAUGAGCCGCAGCAUCACAGCUGUGAGUGCUCAGCCUCUUAUUGCACCAGCGUACACCCAGAUCCAACCUCAUUCGCUGGUUCAGCAGCACAAACAGCAGCAGCAGUUUGUGGUCCAACAGAGCCAAGGUUCCCAAAGGACGACGGGCCAGCUGCUGCAGACUGCCUCCAUUCAGCCGUCACAGCACCCCGUGCCUGUUCUACCCAAACCUGCGCCUCACCAGCCCUCCGCUCCCAGCCAACAGGCCACCAUCUUCCACUCCACCCUCAGCUCCCACGCUCUUCACUCCCCACUCAACCAAACCAAAGCCCAGCCAGUCCAACUCACUGCCAUCAACCUGCAAAUACAGCCAGCGACCUCACGACCUGUACAGGAGAGUAAAGAUAAGCCAACCUCAUUAGUAGUGAGGGAGACAAGUCAAACCCCAUCCACUCAACAACAACAACAGCAACAACAGCAGCAGCAGCAGCAACGACCUGCGUCUUCUCCAUCACAUCCCUUCAAGCCUGGAGAACAGCCCAACGUUAACGCUGCGACCCCACCUGUCCCGGCACAAGGAGGGGGCUCAGCCAAGAGGCCAGUUACAACACCUGGGACCCCACCUCCGGCCAUGACCUCUGGAAAUGAGAGCGAGGCGCCUACUGUGACGGGCAGCGCGCCGCAAAAUGGAGAGAACAAACCGCCGCAGGCCAUAGUCAAGCCCCAGGUUCUCACGCAUGUCAUCGAAGGCUUCGUCAUCCAGGAGGGAGCUGAGCCGUUCCCUGUGUGUGUGGAGCGUCUGCCAAUUCUCAUCGACAGCCCAAAGAAACUGGAUCAUCAGCUGUCCUCAGACCCCGACAGAACUCCCGUCAGCAAUGCAGCGAACACUGACUCGGAGCCCGAGGACAUGAACCAGCCAGAAAAAGAAGAACCCAAGCUGACCUGCGAAUACUGUGGCUGGGUGGACUUUGCAUACACUUUCAAGGGUUCAAAAAGGUUCUGCUCUGUGGUUUGUGCAAAGAGGUACAACGUGGGCUGCACAAAACGGGUUGGACUUUUCCGGCCAGAGAAGAACAAAACAACAAAUCGCUGGCGUAAAAGACCUCAUGGCCGCUCUAGUAUAGAAGCAAAGAAGCAGAAAAUGUCGCCGCCACGACCACAGCAGACCCAGGGAGGCUCUAUUUCCUCACCACACGCCUCUCAACCCAGUCAGGAGGAGUCCAGCCCAUGUUCAGACAUGUCCAGCUACGAAGGGCCGCCGUCUCCCCUGUCGGCGGCCAGCUCUGGACCUCGCGCUCCUGCUCCAGCCUCGGCCCAAGUCCCCGUCCACCGGCAACCGAGCAGGACCUCAGAGCCAGAGGCCUGCGCCGGGAGAGACGCUGCCUUACUCAACGAGCGCUUUUUACCCAACGACCCCGCCAAGUGGAACGUGGAAGAGGUUUACGAGUUCAUCCGUUCUCUGCCAGGUUGUCAGGAGAUCGCCGACGAGUUUCGCUCUCAGGAGAUUGACGGACAGGCGUUGCUCCUGUUGAAGGAGGACCACCUGAUGAGCACUAUGAACAUUAAGCUGGGACCUGCACUCAAAAUCUUUGCACGCAUUAACAUGCUGAAAGACUCCUAACAGAAAAUGCGUGCGAAUUGAGCUCAAAGCACUAGCAGCACAGAGCACUGGUUGCACUGUGACACAGCCUUCUCAGCACUACUGGACUGCUCCGUCCGCCAGCAGAAAAACUUUAAACAUCCAGUUCUUAUGUAAUAACAUGAGUUAUUUCUCCAUGUCUGUGCAGGUGUGAAUACAGAAAGAAAGUACACAUAUCCACCACACUGGGUCAUCCUGUGCUUCGUCUUUUUUUUCUUUUUUUGAAAGAUUUUGUGGAUUAUAGUCAUGUUUUGCUCAUUCUCCCUCCCAAAAACAUGCUUAGCACUUCUAAUGUGCCAUCAGGGAGCUAAAGAGUGUUGGUCAAAAAAACAUUUAUCAGCCUUACAUUUCCAUCGUUUAGCUUCUCCUUUCUUUGCUAAAUUAUGAUUUUGCUCCACCAGAUUAAGUCUGAGAAAGAAACCUAGUUUACAAAAGAAACCUGAGCUGCGAGAGCGAGUUGUGCUCUGUCUGGGUUUGCUCACACUGUAGCACAAUCUGCACUCAUUUGAGGCAUUGUGAUAAGCACGAGUGAUGUCUGAAUUUAUUAUAUUGUUGUUCAUGUCUUUGUACAGUUUUGGUGGUGUGAGUGAAAGGAAGAGACGGCUGAGAGUCUGAGAACAGAAGAUUGCAGUCAAUAAUUGGCGUUUUUAUUCGGCAGUGGCUCCUUUUUGCCUUUCCUAACAAUAAGACCCCCCACAGCUAUCAACGAGCAAAGCUCGACUGAAUGCAGAGAAAACGAUUUAAGGAGCCUCUUUUGUGUCAGCUUUCUUUUCAGUCACUAGUUUUUUCUGUAGAUUUAAACUACUUGCAAAUUAUCUACUUUUUCAGAAUAAUUAACUAAAAUAUUACAUUGAUUUUCUGACUCAGGUUUAAAAGACACUAAUUUAUACAAGGAACAAAAUGGGUUUGCUGCUCUCUCGACUCAACCCAACUUUUAGCGCUUAUUUUAUUUUUCUGACUUCUUUACACAAUGUGGUGUGGUGCGCAAUUGUUAAACAAUGCAAGUUUGUCCAUGUAUAGCAGCUUAUUUGAAGAAAAGUUUGGAACUGUUCUUUCUAUAAGUUAUCAUUUUAUUUUAAAAGAGAAAUUUAAUUUUGGUUAAUAUUUUGAUAUAUGCAAAUUUAUAAAAAUACCAUUGGUGUUGGACUCCCUUCAGUUUGUCUAUUUUUUUUAAUAAAAAACUAUUUGUUUGUGUGAUAGAAAGUGAACUUUUUUAGAUCAUUCUUCGUCAAAUGCCUGUAUUUAUGAAAACAGUUUGUUACACAUUUUGCAGUUAUAAAUAAUUUGCAGAAGA